AUGAAGAAUGUGUUGCAUCUCUACUUCUUGGGGGUGGUGCUGACCUUGCUUUCCAUCUUCCUUGGACUGAUGGAGUCACUGGAGGGCUUACUGGAGGGCCCAUCCCCUGGGAACUUCUGGGCCUCCCGAGGUCAACUAGCCAGCCCAGAGCCUCCCAAGGACCAUCCAUCUCAGCCCAGAGGGUUGCGAUAA